AUGGGCUGUGGGGCGAGCCGUAAAGUUAAGGCUGACGCCGAUGUCUCAUUGCCCGUCUUUGAUCCUUUGCACCACGGCGUGCGGGGACGCGGUUUGGUGGACUCAACGCAGCGUUUCCUGGGGAAUGGGGAGAGAGUGUCGUUGCUGCAUGUUGGCGGUGAUGAUGAUGAAGAAAACGAGGUGCUCUCUGAAAUCACAAUCGAAUUGUCCACGUGGAGCUGUAGGAGUGGCGUCACGUGUGGCUCCUUUCUGUUCAGGGAGGAUGAAUUGGUGCAGCAGUGCCAGGAGGUGCCACUCUCCAUCGAGGAGGAUCUUUUUGUCUACGAUGAUGUCGUCGUCUCUAAAAAUGAGGCGCAGACAAAACACUGGCGAAUUGAGGGACGUAGACCGCUGGCGUCAAGGCGGGUAUCGACAAGGCUGAAGGAAGGCGGCCCCUCGGAUAAUUUGUUCCACUUCACAGACUUCAAUAUUUGUGUUGACGAGGUCGAUUUGGCGGCGGAUCAGCAGACGGGCGAUGGUGUCUUGCGACAAUUGUCUAUUCAGGAAGGGGCUCAGCAGGCGGUUUUGUUGGGGGCCACAGUCGUGCGGACAUUCAGCGCGGCCCCAAACACGGUAGCCGCGAUGCUGCGGGCCAGUGAGCCAAUGAGCCGAAAGGAGUUUUCUCGGCCUUUGCGGGAAAUUCAGGUGGAGACGUUCAUUGGACAUGCGUCGCGUGUGAAGUGUAUUUCUGUUUUUCCAACGGAGCGUAGUUUUGUGAGUUGCUCGAGCGAGGAAGCCUCAGUGGCAUUGCGCAGCCUUGUAACGGGGAAGGAAGAAGGCAUAUUCACCGGUCACCGUGACCUUGUUAUAUGUACUGCCGUCUCCCCGGAUGGCAAGUAUCUUGCCACCACAAGCAAAGACCAAACAAUGUUGAUUUGGGACGCCACUAUAACGAAGGUGCUGCACAUAUUAAGGCACGGAAUGGUGGUGAUUUGCUGCUGCUUUAGCCCAGACAGUAAUACUGUGGUUUCAGGAUGUCAAGAUCGCGUCUGUCGAUUAUGGGACGUCCGUAAAGGAAAGGAACGAGUGGCUUAUAGCAAACAUGCUGGCAUUAUCGUCAGCGUGGCAUUUAGUCCGGAUGGAAAAUAUGUCUGCAGCACAUCUGCAGACCGAACGCUUCAUGUAUGGUCAGCAACUACAGGCAAUACAUACCUGAGGCUAAAUGGCCAUGUAGGUAUUGUUUUGGCCUGUAGUUACACUUCCGAUGGAAAAUAUAUCAUUAGUAAUGAUGAGACGCAUCUUUGCGUCUGGUCAGCUGCUGAUGGGUCAUGCCAGCUCCGCCUAGCUGUCACGGAAUUGGCCGGUAAACCACGUGGCACAUCCCGCGCUGGGAAGUUGGCAUGGACAUCUUCAUGUGCUGCACCCGGUGCCUUCACGCGGUACAUGGCUGUGGCCUGCACUAAUCGUUUUGUGUAUAUUCUUGACAUUUGCAAUGGCAGUGAGCAAAGCAGCGUGUUUUGCAAGGCCCCUGUGUACUGUUUGGCGGGUGGCUAUAAAGAGAAGAUUGCUUUUGGGGACAAUUUUGGUAAUUUGUACGUUCAGACACUUUUAUAA